AUGAGUAAGCAUUUUUUUCAUUGCUUCGGUCAUAUCCAUCUCGAAAAUGAGAAUGAUGCAGGAACUUUCUUUAGCAAAGUUCGAGAUGGAGAAUUUUGUGUCGAAGGUCGACCGAUUAACUUUCUGGCAUCGAGACAAGCAGGUUCUAAAGACCCAAUUUUAUAUAAAAUUGAUGAAACUAUUACUUCAACAAUUGAACCUCCCACCAUUCUGAAUGAACCUACUACUUCAAAACCUUCUAUUUCAAUUGAAAAUUUUAAGGAGUUUGGAACGGGAAGACUUGUAGAGUUUCUGAGAAAUGAUAAGAAUUUAAGUGAACUGAAGCUUGACGAUAACUUUUUUAUGAAAAUUAUGGAGGAAAAUAUCCCCAGACGCACUUUUUUGAAGUUAACCAAGAGUGAUCUUAGGGAAUGUGGGGUAAGAUUAGAUCCUUCGUUGGAACUUGAGGAAUAUAUACAGGAAUUAGGUGUCAAGAAAGAAUGCCAAAAGAUUUUAAAGCAAGUUGCAGAAGAGAGAACCAAUCAUGAAGCUGAGAAUGCAGAGCUCAGAAGUAGAAUCAAGGAGUUAGAGAAUGGUAGGACGGAUACGGUUGCUGAGUGUGAGAAGGCGGAUAUGAGCGGGGAGAAGUCAUUGGAGGAUAAGAAGACUGAUGCUUUCUUGGAUGAGGCACAUAAUAAAUGGGAAGAGGAAGAAAAACAUGCGAUUGAAAUUUCUCCGAACAAUGAUUGCCCAAAUCGGGAUAUUAUUAGUCUUUAUAAAGAUACACGUGAAGCUAAAGUAGAUGUAAUCAAAUCCAAUAGAGAAUUCAAAAGCAUGUAUAAAGAUUUUAUGGCCAACAAUAAUGCUGGGAAGAAAAAAGCAAAGGGACAAGUAUACGAUCUUCCCAACGCCAAGCGUAAAAUUUUAUGUAAGCAGACACAGAAAGCUUUAAGGAUUGGUAAUUUAUUUGAUAGAUAG